AUGGCCGUCGCAGUGCCUGCCGCCUCUCCUGUCAUUUUGGCUGCAUUGAGCAGCCCUCUGGCUACGCUUCCGCAGGCACACGAUGCUCCCAGAUCGCCCACCUACGAGCUGUCUACGCCAGCACUGGAACACAACGCAGAUAACUACUCGCCAUUCAAUCAUCUCGCGCAUACAGAUGCUCAGCCCAGGAGCGUGCACUUCUCUGAGCCGCCGGCUAUGCCACUCGCAGCGAGACACUCAAUAGCCACAUCUCAUGUCCCACUUCUACCGUCCGUGCCUUCAGCCAGCCAACUGCCUCACCUACCUGGACGAGCCUCCCAGACCGCACCGAACGUCGACCUUCACGCUGCAAUUGAGUAUCACAAAAGCACUGCCCAACACCUCAGACAGAUUCACGACAAUGACAGAAAAGCCUGGGAGAUUGAAAAGUCCGCACUCCUUGCACGCAUAGCCGACCUCGAGUUCAAAUUGAACAAGGCACGCGAUCCAAACCGCAGAUCCAGCAAUGAGUCAUCUUUCGACAGUGCUCGCUCCUUCCGAAGCGAUCUCAGGUCCUCAACCACAUCUCACAGUAACGGCACAUCCAGAAAGCCCUCUGAAACCGCUUUUCCUGGCUCGGCACCCGUUUGGCAAGGGCCAGAGAAUACACCGCCGGUGACUCGGGUCUUCUCGCACGACGAUGAUAUCAGUCAUCUGCCUAGUAUAUCCGAAGACGGCCCAAUGCCGACGCUGUCCAAGCAAGUGUCGCCGUCCCACAAAGAGGAAGUUCACACUAUUCCGAUUGAGCAGAUCGACAAAGAACUAGAUGGCAUCAACGUCAAGUCAACCGGGCCUGCAGUCACUUCGUCCUUCGAGAAAGUCGGCAGUCCCUCGAUUAUUGGAUCUCCGAAUCGUGAACCAUCUCCAGAGACGAAAGAUGACGUAAGUGAUGGUCUGCGCGUCAAUAUGGGCCGAUUGUUGUCGCCACUUGACGAGAAACUGAAGCGUCAUGCUGGCCACACCCCAAUGGCUUUCGAUGGCGCCAUCUCUACAGAAGAUACUACCGACACUCUUCCGACACCAAGGACCGAGAAGCCUCCCGCUCCUGCUCCUUCCGCCAGACCGCCAGUCCGUCCGUCGGAGGCUGCAGAUUCAUACUUCUCGUUCUCGGGAGAGUCACGUUCGGUACCGCAGGUCAAAGUAGCUGAUAUUCCCGAAGAGGCUGUCGACGAGGAAGUUCACCUGGAGACCGAUGACGACCCAGCACUGAAGGGCCCUCUGAUGCUCGAUCCUUCAGCCAAGUCGCAAGCUGCAAACGUCUUCCUCGAGCAGGUUGACGCGAAGCUGAUGGAAGCCGCGUCGCACCAUCGAUCAGAUUCGGCCUCGCAUGAAGAGGAGGACAAGCCGGCAAAUGGCGUACAUGCUAGACAGGCAAACAAGAAGGAUGACGAGCCCUUUCCAGAACUCAAGAUUCGGAAGAGCACAAAUUUUGGUAGUGCCUGGGGUGAGGCUCCCAUAGGGCAACAUGCUUGA